CCCUUCGCUCGCGCACGCAGGAAGGAAACCCGGAGUUUCCCGGAGUGGAGCGCGGCGGCGGGCGGUAAAUGAGCCACUCCUGUCACAUUUAAGGACGCUUUCCAGGGUUUUCCCUCUCAUAUGCUGCUGUCUGCACGGACCCACAAUCAACAUGCUGAUUAAAGAGUUCCGGGUAAUCCUGCCCAUUUCAGUGGAGGAGUACCAAGUGGGCCAGCUCUACGCAGUAGCAGAGGCUAGUAAGAAUGAGACGGGUGGAGGGGAUGGUGUGGAGGUGCUGAAGAACGAGCCCUAUGAAAAAGAUGGAGAGAAGGGACAGUACACCCAUAAGAUCUACCACCUGCAGACUAAAGUUUCAGGUUUCGUCGCUAAAAUUGCUCCGAAAGGUUCUCUAACUAUUCAUGAGAAGGCCUGGAAUGCAUAUCCAUACUGUCGAACCAUCCUCACUAAUGAAUACAUGAAAGACAAUUUCAUGAUUAAGAUCGAGACGUGGCACAAGCCUGAUAUGGGGCAGCAGGAGAAUGUACAUGGACUAGACAAAGAAACAUGGAAGAAUGUUGAAGUUGUUUACAUUGACAUUGCUGACAGAAGUCAAAUAGACUCAAAGGAUUACAAGGAAGACGAGGAUCCAGCCAAGUUUAAGUCAGUAAAGACGGGCAGAGGGCCUCUGGGACCUCAGUGGCAGAAAGAACUCCCAGACAAAAGUGACUGUCCACACAUGUGUGCCUACAAGCUAGUCACUAUUAACUUUAAGUGGUUUGGACUGCAGAACAAAGUAGAAAACUUUAUUCAUAAGCAAGAGAAGCGUUUGUUCACCAAAUUCCACAGACAGCUGUUCUGCUGGAUAGACAAAUGGAUUGAUCUGACGAUGGAUGACAUACGACGCAUGGAGGAGGAGACACAGAAGGAGCUUAAUGAGAUGAGGGACAAAGGUCCAGCUAAAGGCAGUACAACUACUGAGGAGUAACUAGCUCACUCGGCUCCAUUCCCUGGACUGGCUGGCACUGCUGGAACCAUUUACAUCCCAAUAAAAACACUGUUAAUAAGAUGUCAUUGUUGUAAAGCUGUUGUGUAUUUAUGUAGACAGUUAUGUAUGCUGAAGUACAAUUACAGGAGGUUUUAGUGCUUUUAAACAGGUGGGUUGCAGGUUGAGGGAGAAUUUCUUUAUGCUUCUGGUCAUUGGG